CAGCCAAAUGUGGACCUCAUAUAUAUAGUCGGUCGUACGCAUUCAAUCUUUUGCUCUUUGCUCUAUAAAGAAAGUCAUCUUCUAUUACAAAUCACCGUCAUUAGUCUCUAUAUUAGUUCUCUCUUCUUUGCAAAACUUCUGCCUCCAUAAGAACAGAACAGAGCAAAGAAGAAAAGCUGAAGCUUUGUUAUUUUGAAGUAAAUCAAAUAGACUCUCUUUCUUCUUUUGUAUGAGACAGAGAAGCUUCUUAUGGAGUUCUUUACUGCAGAUGGUUCUUUCUCCAUGUGGAAAGAUGUUGCUGGAAUCGCAGGUAACAUAUUUGCAUUUGGGCUAUUUGUUUCACCGAUGCCAACAUUUAGGAGAAUCAUGAGGAACAAAUCUACCGAGCAAUUCUCUGGUUUACCAUAUAUUUACGCUCUCUUAAACUGCUUGAUCUGCCUUUGGUAUGGCUCACCUUACGUAUCCCAAAGAAACUUCAUGCUUGUGACUGUUAAUGGCGUUGGAGCCACUUUCCAGCUUUGUUACAUUAUCCUCUUCAUCUUGCAUACAGACGAGAAAACCAAGAUGAGGAUGCUUGUUUUGCUUCUUGUGGUGUUUGCUGUGGUUGCGUUGGUUGUAGCUGGAAGUUUGCAGAUACCUGAGAAGGUCACACGAUGGUACCUUGUCGGGUUCUUGAGCUGCGGUUCUCUUGUCUCGAUGGUUGCUUCGCCCUUGUUUGUUAUUAACUUAGUGAUUCAGACAAAGAGUGUUGAGUUCAUGCCGUUUUAUCUCUCUCUAUCGACUUUCUUGAUGAGCGCUUCCUUCUUCAUGUUCGGACUAUUCAACAGUGACGCCUUUGUUUAUACACCAAAUGGAAUAGGAACGGUUCUUGGUAUUGUGCAGCUAUCUUUGUAUUGCUACUACCACAGAAACUCUAUAGAGGAGGAAGCAAAAGAGCCCUUGAUUGUUUCUUAUGUGUGAGUUUCAGCAAAGAAGCUAGUUUUGAUGGCUCAAUUGCUUAAGAUUAUGUGAGACCACAUGAAAGAUUCACUGAUGUGGGUUUUGUUUGUGUGUGUGAUGGAGAUCUCUGGUAGGUUGAUUUUUAAGAACAUUUGUUCAUAUAUUGUUUGUUCUAAAAGAUUAUUCUAUUUGUUUGUCAAUAAGAUUUUUUUCUUUGUUAUAGAACAUUUGCAUCAAAUUGUAGCAAUUGGUUCAUAA